GCCGGGGGAAAUGAAUAUUGAGAAUAGACAUCAUGUGUACAUUGCGUGCGGCAGGGAAAAAUAUUACAAGUGCAAUGACCAUGUAUUGCCAGCGUCCGGUGCUGUGAUUCGUCGGUCUCGCUUGCACCUCCUUGUCUCCCAAACCGCCCCCAGCGCAACCGCUUGAACACGCUCGACAUCGCCGCUCACUGAAACCUUUUCCAUCGCCAAACAGCACCUCACCACCACAUUUCAUCACUUCCGACGCGAUAGAUCGCAUGCUGUAGGCCGUGCGACAAUUUUGACACCGAUAUCCGCAAUAUUGCGACGCGUUGGUGGUUGCAACAGCUCUUGGGCGAGUGACUCACCUCUUUGCUGGUCCGCCCCGGGGCGCCAGGAUUUGCAUCGCACCCCAUACGGAGCCCAACCCAACCACGCAUCACGUGCAUAGCGACAAACAACAAUGACUGCUCGCGCAACAGGCCAGCGCUUUCGCCAGCGCAAGCUCUCUACAAAACAGAAUCUACCCGUUGUACGCGAAAGCGAGGUUGAACAGCUUGCCGAUGACGAUGCCUCCCGCCACAUUCCCAAGGUCGAGACGGGUGUUGAGAAGGGCGAGGAGAUUGAACACCAUUUGCAGGCCGUCAUCUCUGCCGCCCAGGCAGCAGCACAAGGCGCAGCUGGCGGGAAGAUUGCUCAGCUCUACAUCCCAACUCCAGAUGCCGUUGCUAGUAAUCUGCAGUAUGAAGAUCUGUAUCCCAAGCGCUUCACGCAACCUGCCACUUACAUCCGGUUCUCAUCUACUGUUGAGGAUACGUCUGGCUGCCCAUACUGCAUGACCAGUGAUGAUGUCGCCUUCCUCAAGUCUUACAACCAGAAAAGGAGUAAGAACGACCAAUGUUCAGAAGACGAGUUUGAAGAGAUCAUCUACUUCUUUGAGGAAACUACCUCGACAAAGCAGCCUUUCGCAGCUGUCGAUAACCCACCUGUACUUGCUUAUGAAGAGCUCGAGGCCGAGUUCGAUGAGACUAUCAGUGAAUCUGCACGCCGGUUUGCCAAGGAUGUUUACGAGCAUUGGAGGAAUCAGCGGCUGCUAAGAGGCAACCGCCCGCUUAUGCCAUCGUUGAAGUUCGAGACCAACCUCGAGACCGAUGACGCUGAUCCAUACGUGUGUUUCCGGCGUCGUGAGGUGCGACAGGUCCGCAAGACGCGUGGCCGUGAUGCUCAAGUGACAGAGAAACUGAAGAAGCUAAGGAAGGAAUUGGAAGAGGCUCGCUUGUUGAUGUCGCAAGUCAAACGACGAGAAGCGAUGAUCAGAGAGCAACUUGCCACUGACAAACUGAUCUUUGAACAGCGCCACGCCGUCAAGGAACUCAAGCGCAGACUCAGCAUCAAGGGUGAUGACGAUGACUUACUCAUCACGCAGAAGCCCGCCCCCAAGCCCAAGAGAACUGUUGACGUCGAGCGGCAACGCCAGACGUUGCCAGGCAUGAAGCCCCCGAACACACGUCCCGAUGGGCGUCUUGUGGAUGGCGACAUUGUCUAUCUCGAAGAGCAACAGGCUAAGCGCACUGAGGCAAUUGACAGUUUCAUCGAAGACAAUCUGGUCAAGCACCAGAAAUGGAACGUUGGUUGGGUCGAUGCAACGUGGCGACCCAUUACGCCGCCUUUGGAGCCGGCUGCUGCGAAGUCUGAUUUCCGUACCGUCUUUACAGAAAGUCAGCUUCCUACGCCCCCUGCCUCUGUUUCUGAUGGAGAGGGCGCUGAUGCCACAGCAGUGGCGCCGUUGAGCAAGCAACAGGAUCCCCAAAGAACCGCGCGAAUACGCUUCGCUACGCCGCCAGAAGAUGUACCGUUCCACGAUCAGUCUCGCUUCCGUCGGCGGAUCGGGCGAGGUGGGCGAAUGAUGAUUGACCGGCGAGGCGUCAAGCGCCAGAAGAUGGAGAAAUAUGAUGACCGUCUGGCUGACCGAUGGCGGUUCGCUGGUGAUAGUAGUGAAGACGAUGAAACAUAUCCCGUUGAUUGGACGGAUAACCUACACAUCAGAUACCGUAUCAUGAUUGAGCGACAGGGUGAGAAGGCCGCUCAACAACCUCCACCAGGUCCAAGUCGUCGGCCAAUUGAGAACCAUAAUCGAUCUGCGUCGGGACAUCUUCUUCCUCCUACCCCUACCACUGCCCAUGCUGCCAAUGCCGCAGCAGGGAGGUGAUUCCUUCUCUCAGCUUCUUCUAUUCUUUGUCUAGCGCUUUGACUUAUAGGAUGGAUUCGGUGCAGGUUUGUCGACAAGUUAUACCCUUUGUUUUUAUUCGCAGUAGGAUCCAAAGAUCUCCCAAGUUAUGUACACUAGCUCCACAGGUGAGGGAGCAAGGUUGGUGGAUGAACGUACAGGCGCCGCGGGUGUAGGGUAUGCCUAAAUCGGAGGACAGGUUAGCAGUGGAUUUCUUGGAUAUGAUAUUCAGAUGCUUCUGCAGAAUGUUGCGAGAACCUUGCACGGCGGAUGUUUCCAGAAAGAAAAGAAAACUUACCAAAGCAUAUUGCUACCUUG